AUGACGAGCCCAAUAGGCCCUAGCGUGGUGUGUAACGUACAUUCCAUUGAGAAGAAGAGGGAAAGAUGGCGUCCUCUAACAAUCCCCGCAAAUUUAGCGAGAAAAUCGCUUUGCAUAAUCAGAAACAGGCGGAGGAAACUGCUGCGUUUGAAGAAGUGAUGAAAGACCUAAACAUCACCAGAGCUGCGCGGUUGCAGUUACAGAAGACCCAGUAUUUGCAACUAGGGCAGAAUCGUGGCCAGUACUAUGGAGGCUCACUGCCCAAUGUCAAUCAGAUUGGAAAUGGCAACAUUGACCUGCCUUUUCAGAACUCGGUACUGGAUACCAGCCGGACAACUAGGCACCACGGUUUGGUGGAGCGUGUUUACCGUGACCGGAACCGCAUCACCUCUCCUCACCGCCGGCCGCUGUCAGUCGACAAACAUGGACGCCAGAUUGACAGCUGUCCUUACAGCUCAGUUUACCUCUCCCCACCGCCAGACACUAGCUGGAGAAGGACAAAUUCGGACUCUGCCUUACACCAGAGCGCCAUGAAUCCAAAGCCCCAGGAGGUAUUUGCAGGGGGAUCACAGGAGCUGCAGCCUAAACGAGUAUUGCUGCUAACAGUGCCUGGGACGGAGAAUUCAGAGUCAAAUGCAGACAAGGAUGCGCAAGAACAGUUGUGGGAUGGCGAGAAGGAUGAUUCAUCAAAGCCCAACGCAUGUGAUGUCCCGGGAAUCAAUAUAUUUCCAUCACCAGACCAGGAGUUGAACCCGUCCGUGCUCCCAGCUGCACACAACACUGGUGGUUCGCUGCCUGACCUGACCAACAUCCAGUUCCCUCCUCCACUGUCCACCCCACUGGACCCUGAGGACACCGUGGCCUUUCCCUCCCUCAGCUCGUCCAACAGCACGGGCAGCCUGACCACAAACCUGACCCACCUGGGCAUCAGUGCUGCCAGCCAUGGGAUCCCCACCUCUUCUCAGCCCACCAUGACUGUGACGGCACAGCGCCGGCAACCACCCGUGGUGCCACUCAGCCUCACCUCUGAUCUCAAUCUCCAACAGUCCCCACAGCAGCUUUCCCCCACCCUCUCCUCACCUGUUAACAUCUCGCAGGUCGUGCCAACAGAGUCGUUGACCCUGGAGCAGCAGCUCUCUCAGUUCCCACUGUUCAACCAGUUGACGGCCCAGGCCCAGGCUCAGCUGCUCAGUGAGCUCCAGAAGCAGCAGCAGGUCCUGCCGCAGGGCAUCCAGCUCAUCACCUUGCCAACUCUGGCCUCCCCUGGUACCACUGCAAGCAGCCCCUCCCCAGACAGCCAAAGCCAGACCACCGCCAGCAUCAGUAUUGGCUCGUACCGCAAUCAGACUGGCUCACCAGCCACUCAGUCUCCAACCUCCCCAGGCUCCAAUCAAGGCUUCUCCCCCGGCGGCUCGCCUCAACACAUUCCCUUGGUGGGCAGUAUAUUUGGCGACUCCUUCUAUGAUCAGCAGUUGGCAUUAAGGCAGACCAAUGCCCUUUCUCACCAGCUGGAGCAGUUCAACAUGAUCGAGAACCCCAUCAGCUCCACCAGCCUUUUCAGCCAGUGCUCCACCCUUAACUACACACAGGCAGCCAUGAUGGGCCUCACCGGGAGCAGCCUACAGGACUCGCAGCAACUCGGCUACAGUAGCCAUGGCAACAUCCCCAACAUCAUCCUAACAGUCACAGGGGAGUCUCCGCCGAGCCUCUCCAAAGAGCUGACCAACUCUCUGGCGGGUGUUGGUGAUGUCAGCUUCGACGCAGACUCUCAGUUCCCUCUGGACGAGCUGAAGAUUGACCCGCUCACCCUGGACGGACUGCACAUGCUCAAUGACCCUGACAUGGUGCUUGCCGACUCCGCCACCGAGGACACGUUCAGGAUGGACAGGCUGUAACAUGAGAGGCGAAGUGUGACCGAGAACAAGAAGAAAAAACACACUAACUCGCGAAUGAAGAGAAGCAAAGGGCCUGAUGAACCCGCUCCCUCGUUGCAUGGCCGUCCAGCUGUCCGACCUCACCCUCGACUCCGUGAAGCCCUUUGAAACGAUACGCCAACUAAAAAGACAACAGGGAAAAAGACAUCCAGUGGCUUGCCGGGGGAAUGGCCUCGCUGUUUUGAAUGAGAUUUGUCGCUCGGCGCUUUGUCUCGCUAGCCUGCUGUGUUUACAGUGUACCAUUACAUGCCACAUAUAUUCCAAAAAUGCACAUUUGACAAUUUUCUUUUUCUUUCUUUUCAUAUCCACUUUAUUAUUUGUUUUGUUGAUAUUUGCUUGUAGCAGGAAGCUGCUAGGACAUUGGGCUAAACCGUACUCAUUAUAUUGGCUGUGUUAAAAAAAAAAAA